AAUGGAGUGGAUGAUAUGACAAGGUUGGCAUAUCUGCAUGAACCAGGGGUACUUCAGAAUUUGCAUGUUCGAUAUGAAGUAAAUGAAAUAUAUACUUACACAGGAAACAUAUUGAUAGCUGUAAACCCUUUCCAAAGAUUACCUCAUUUAUAUUCGAGGGAAACAAUGGAGAAGUAUAAAGGCGCGGCUUUCGGUGAGAAGAGCCCAAACCCCUUUGCCAUUGCUGAUUCUGCAUACAGGAAGAUGAUAAAUGAAGAAACAAGCCAAUCCAUUUUAGUUAGUGGAGAAAGUGGAGCUGGUAAAACAGAAAGUACAAAAAUGCUUAUGUGUUAUCUUGCUUAUAUGGGAGGCAGAGCAGCUAAUGAAGGACGCUCAGUUGAGCAACAAGUCUUGGAGUCCAAUCCUGUUUUAGAAGCAUUUGGCAACGCCAAGACUGUUAGGAACAAUAAUUCAAGUCGUUUUGGUAAGUUUGUGGAGAUUCAGUUUGAUCAAAAGGGGAGAAUUUCAGGAGCUGCUAUCAGAACUUAUUUGCUGGAACGGUCUCGUGUCUGUCAGGUUUCCGAUCCUGAGAGAAACUAUCAUUGCUUUUAUAUGCUUUGUGCUGCACCAAAAGAGGAUGUUGAAAAGUACAAAUUGGGAAACCCAAGAACUUUUCAUUACCUAAAUCAAUCAAAUUGCAUUGAGUUGCAAGGGUUGGAUGAUUCUAAGGAAUACCUUGCAACUAGAAGAGCUAUGGAUGUUGUUGGGAUCAAUGGUAAUGAGCAGGAUGCCAUAUUUCGAAUAGUAGCUGCAGUGUUGCACUUGGGAAAUAUUGAAUUUGUUAAGGGGGACGAUGAAGAGACUGAUUCCUCUCAACCUAAGGAUGACAAAUCUCGUUUCCACCUUAAAACUGCAGCUGAGCUUUUGAUGUGCGACGAGAAAUCCCUUGAGGAUUCAUUUUGCAAACGUGUUAUGGUCACUCGCGGCGAUAAAAUAACAAAGUCACUUGAUCCCGUUGCUGCAAGUCUCAGCAGAGAUGCUUUGGCUAAAAUUAUUUAUUCAAGGCUUUUUGACUGGAUUGUGGACAAGAUUAACAAUUCUAUUGGGCAAGAUCCACAUUCAAAGAACUUAAUCGGAGUCUUAGAUAUAUACGGAUUUGAAAGUUUCAAGACGAACAGUUUUGAGCAAUUCUGUAUCAAUUUGACUAACGAGAAAUUGCAACAGCAUUUCAACCAGCAUGUCUUCAAAAUGGAGCAAGAAGAAUAUACAAAGGAAGAAAUCAAUUGGAGUUAUAUAGAGUUCGUUGAUAAUCAAGAUGUUCUUGAUCUCAUAGAAAAGAAACCAGGUGGCAUUAUCGCUCUUCUAGAUGAGGCAUGCAUGUUUCCAAGAUCAACCCAUGAAACAUUUGCCGAAAAGCUGUAUCAAACAUUUAAAAAAAAUAAACGGUUUACGGAUUUCACAGUAAACCACUAUGCUGGUGAUGUGACUUAUCAAACAGACCUUUUCCUUGAUAAGAACAAAGACUAUGUUGUUCCAGAGCAUGCUGCCUUACUCAAUGCUUCAAAGUGCAACUUCGUUUCAGGGUUGUUCCCUCCUUUGCCUGAGGAAACUUCCAAAUCAACCAAGUUUGCUUCUGUUGCAACUCAGUUUAAGCAACAACUGCAGUCUCUGCUGGAAACACUAAACGCUACUGAGCCACACUACAUUCGCUGUGUAAAGCCCAACAACCUUCUUAAGCCUGGAAUAUUUGAGAACAGUAAUGUGUUGCAGCAGCUACGAUGCGGGGGAGUAAUGGAGGCAAUAAGAAUUAGUUGUGCCGGAUAUCCUACUAGGAAGAACUUUGACGAAUUCAUUCGACGAUUUAGUAUCCUAGAACCUAAGGUUCUUACAUCAUGCCCUGAUGAAAUGACCAGUUGCAAGAUGCUUCUUGACAAAGUGAACCUUAAAGAUUAUCAGAUUGGAAAGACAAAAGUGUUUUUGAGAGUAGGACAAAUGGCACAACUAGAUGCCUGUAGAGCAGAAGUAUUAGGAAGAUCUGCAACCAUUAUUCAAAGAAAAGUUUGCACAUAUCUUUGCCAAAAACACUACAACACAUUGCGAAUGUCUGCAAUACAACUACAAAGGGUAGUCAGAGGACAACUAGCACGCUUUCAUUAUGAAAAAAUGAGGAGGGAAGAUGCUUCUGUGAAAAUUCAAAAGAAUCUUCGCAUGCAUCUUUCCAAGACUGCUUACCAAGCCCUCAAGGCUUCAGCUGUAUUUAUUCAGACUGCUAUGAGAGGCAAGACUGCUAGAAAUCAACUCAGAUAUAGGAAGUUAACCAGAGCUGCUGUAAUCAUUGAGAGACACGGUAGAGGUUACAUAGCUCGUUCUCAUUACAAACGUUUAAAGAAUGCCGCUAUUUUUGCACAAUGUUCAUGGAGGAGAACCAUGGCUCGUAGAGAACUUCGAAAGCUUAGAAUGGCUGCUAAGGAAGCCAAGGCUCUUGAAGCUGCAAAAAAAGAACUUGAAAAGCAAGUGGAAGAAUUGAGUUUGUCUCUAGAAUCAGAGAGAAGAAUGAGGGUUGAUAUUGAGGAAGCCAAGACACAGGAAAAUGAAAAACUACAAUCAGCUUUGCAUGAGAUGGAGCUUCAACUCAAAGAAACUCAAGCUUCCUUGCAUGAGAUGGAGUCAUUGCUUCUUAAGGAACGUCAGGCCCCUAAAACUGCCGAUACAACACCUAUGCAAGUUAUUCAAUCUAACGGAGCUGAUAAUGAUAUUGAAUUGAUUAGCAAGCUUACAGCAGAAAAUGAACAACUCAAGGAUCAGGUUAGUUCACUUGAACAGAAAAUUAAUGAAACAGAAAGGAAAUAUGAAGAAUGUAGCAAACUUAGUGAGGAACGCAUGAAUCAAAUCAUAGAGACCGAAAGCAAGAUAAUUGAGCUAAAGACAUCAAUGCAAAGGCUUGAAGAAAAAGUUUCUGAUAUGGAAACUGAGAAUCAAGUUUUAAGGCAGAAAAGCCUUUCGAGUUCAUCAUCAAAGAAAAUGUCAGAAAAGAAUCCAUCUCAGUCAUCGGAAAAUGGUAGUAAUCAGGCAUCAACAUCAGCAAGUUCAGGCCAGACAAAGACAUUUGGAACCGAUGCCGAUAGCAAAGAGAGCAUCGAAACUCUUUUCAAGUGCAUCCAAAAAGAUCUUGGAUUCUCGGAAGGAAAACCCGUGGCAGCAUUCACCCUUUAUAACUGUCUGCUACAUUGGAAAUGUUUUGAAGCAGAAAAGACAAGUAUAUUUGAUCGUCUUAUUCAGCUGAUUGGAUCUGCAAUAGAGGAUCAAGAUAACAAUGGUUGCAUGGCUUAUUGGUUGUCCAACACAUCUGCUUUGUUGUUCCAUCUCCAGCGAACUCUUCGAGUCCCUACAGCACGAAAGCCACCCACUCCAACAUCUUUCUUUGGAAGAGUCACUCAAGGAUUUCGGUCAUCGAAAAGUCUUUCCAGUGGUUCAUUUGAUGUGGAGCAUCAAGUUGAUGCCAAGUACCCUGCUUUACUUUUCAAGCAGCAACUUGCAGCUUACGUUGAGAAGAUUUAUGGAAUUCUUAGAGAAAAUUUGAAGAAAGACAUAUCUCCUCUAAUUUCUGCUUUCAUUCAGGCGCAUGGAAAGUCAGAUGAUAACAACCAUCCAGCUGCUUCAUGGACUGCCAUUGUACAAUGCAUUAACAGAUUUCUCAAUAUUUUCAAAGAAAACCAUGUGCAUCCAGUUCUCGUUCAGAAGAUAUUCAGCCAAGUUUUUCAACAUAUCAAUGCGGAAAUCUUUAAUAGCCUUGUUUCACAAAGAGAAUGUUGCACAUUCAACAAUGGACAACUUCUCAAAUCUGGAUUGGCUGAACUAGAACAGUGGUCUACUGAAGCAACAGAAGAGUAUGCUGGCACAACUUUGGAUGAACUCAAACAUGUAACACAAGCCGUUAGAUUCUUGGUUGUAGAGAAAAAGGAUGAAUUAUCAUAUGAUGGUCUUACAAAUGAGCUAUGCCCUGUUCUUAGUUCUCACCAGCUUUACAGAAUAUGUACACUUUACUGGGAUGGAAAUGAAAAUGACAGUAGCCAAAGUGUAUCAUCUGAAGUCAUCUCUAGUUUGAAGCUGCUAAUGACAGAUGGUGUAGAAGAUGAUAGUAAAUCCUACAUGUUAGAAGACAAUUCAAGUAUCCCUAUUAUUGUUGAGGAGAUUUCUAGCUCCCUCAAAGAUAAGACUACUUCAAAAGUAAAGCCUCCUGAAGAACUUCUUGAGAAUGCAGGCUUCCAAUUUUUACAUUAA